AUGCAGCUGCGGGACGCGAUCGAGAAGAAGGUCGCGCGCAAAGAGGCCGCGCUCAAGGUGGGUGAGUGCGAGGGUGCUAGCCCAUACUGCCUCGUUGCGUUGCUGUCGUGCACAUCGAGUCGUCCCUCCCUUGUCGUGCGCUCGUCGCGCUUCCCGAGCGCAUCACCGUCAACUCAACUUCCCUUCCGCGAGUGCUGCCGCGAGUGUACUUCAUCGUUCCUACCCUUCCUCGUCCCGCAUCCCUCCCUCCCCACCCUUUUCCCUCUCCCAUCCUCCCCCAUUCUAUCCUUCUUUCCCCUACCGACUGCCUCCGCUUCCGUCAAGUCUCACCCGCCCUCCGCGCUCCCCCCGCCCUUAAACCCACGCCCCGCCACCCCCUCCCCCCGCCUGCCCUGUCCCCCCCCCCCCGCGCAGGAGUGCAUGCGCGAGCUGCGGCGCGUGCGCGAGGAGCAGGCGCGGCGCAUCCAGGAGGCGAUCGCGGAGAAGACGCGCGAGUGGGAGGCGCAGUACGGGGAGCUGGAGGCGCGGCUCAAGGGCAUGGACGAGCAACUGGCGGAAGCCAGCGCGGAGAUGGACGCCAUGCAGGUCGUACUGGAAGACAGACAGAUUUUAAUUAGUGAUUUAGAGAGGGAGAUGCAGCGGUUGAAGGAUGUGGCUGAUGAGGCGGAGGCGGAGAAGCGGAGGCUGGCGGGUAGGGUGAAGGAGCUUGAGGGGAGAGGAGGGGUGGGUGUCGGGGGGGAGGGGGAUGGUGGUGCGGAGGUAAGGGGGUUGCGGGAGGAGGUUGAGAUGUGGAGGCGGAGGUGGGAGGAGAGGGAGGUGGAGGGGAGGAGGAUGGAGGAGAGAGUGAGGAGGUUAGGGGAGGAGGAACGGGUGCGGGAGGGGGAGGUGAGGGCGGCGGGGGAGGAGGCGGAGGGGUGGAGGAAGAGGUGGGAGGAGGCGGAGGGGGAGUUGAAAGCGGAGAGGAGGCGCGCGGAGGAGGCGGGCGCGGAGAGGGAUGAGCGGGACGCGACGCUGCGGCUGCGGGAGAAGCUGCGGCGGAUGGAGGCGGAGAUAGAGGCGCGGAGGGCGCAGGCGGAGGCGGAGGAGCGCGCGCAGGCGGAGAGGCGGGAGAGCGUGAGGCGGGAGGGGGAAUUGGAGGAGGAGGCGCGGAGAGGGGAGGCGGAGAAGGAGUUGGCGCGGCUGGGGGAGAGGUGCGCGGAGCUGGAGGAGAUGGUGAGGCGCGCGGAGGGGGAGCGGGAGGAGGCGCGGAAGGAGGUUGUGCGCGCCAAGGGGGAGCGCGACGGGAUGGCGGACGUGCGGGAUAGGAUGGUGGCGGAGUGGGAGAGCAUGCGCGUGGAGCUGCAGCGCGCGCAGGAGGAAGGGGAGAGGCUGCGGGGAGAGGUGGAGAGGGCGGAGGAGGGGAGGCGGAAGGCGGAAGAGCAGGUGGAGGCAGCUGUACGGGAGAGGGAGAGAGUGAGGGCGGAAGUUAGUGGGGAGAGAGGGGAGGAGGAGGAGCGGUUGAGAGCGGUGAUGGAAGAGAGGGAUGAGUUAAGGGAGGAGGUUCAGCAGCUGAAAGAAGAGUGGGAGGCGAUGAGGGUUGAGCGAGAGAGUGCGGGGAAAGAGAGGGAGGAGCUGAGGGAGAUAGUGAGGAGAAUGGAGGCGGAGGAAAGGGAGAGGGUGAAGGGGGAGAAGGAAGAGAGGGAGAAGCUUGAGGAGGAGGUUGCUAGGGUGAGAGAGGAGUGGGAGCGAGUGAGGGAGGAGAGGGACGGGCUCAGGGAUGAGGUGGAGGGACUGAUGAGAGUGAGGGAGAGAGUUGAAGGGGAGAAGGAGGGAGUGAGGGAGGUGAAGGAAGUGUUGAACAGGGAGAGGCAGGAGUGGGAGGGCGAGCGCGCGCAGUGGAGGAGCAAGGCGGAGGAGUGGGAGCGGGAGAGCGAGAAGUGGGCGGAGGAGAGGCGUGCAUUGGAGGAGGAGGUGGAGAGGGUGAGCGGUGAGUUGGGACGCGCGCAGGAGGAGAGGGAGCGGUGGAGGGAGGCGGUGGAGCAGCGGGAGGAGGAGAAGGCGCACUUGACGCGCAUGGUGGCUGCGCUUCAGGAGGGGGAGAGUGAGGUUGCGCGGAGUGUGCGGAGGGACGCUCAGAGAGACGCGCAGAGGGAGGUGGAUGCGGCGAGGGAGGAGGUGCGGAGGCUGGAGAAGGAGUGUGAGAGAUGGGAAGGCUGCGAGGGGUGUGGAGGAGGAGAGGGAGCGUGUAGUGACGGAGAGAGAUCGAGCGGGGUGGAGGAGAGGGGGAAGGCGGAGAGGGAGAGGGAGCGGGUGAUGGAAGAGUUGUUGGUGCUGAGGGAGGAGUGUGGGCGACUGAGUGAGGAGAGUGAGAGGAUGCAUGAGGAGAAGGAGCGGUGGCAGAGGGAGAGCGAGCGAGUGAGGGAGGAGUGUGAGCGGCUGAGAGGGGAGAUUGAAGGGGUGAAAGAAGAGCUUGAUAAGCUGGGAGAGGAGUGUGAGAGGCUGCGAGAAGAGAGUGAGAGAGUGAGGGAGGAGAAUGAGCAAGCGAGGGAGGAGAUCGAGAGAGUGAGGGGGGAGAACGAGGAGGUUAAGAUUGAGAUGGCGAAUGUGAGGGAAGAGAGCGAGAGAGUGAAGGAGGAGAGGGAUAGGCUGAAGGAGGAGUGCGAGGCAGCGAGGAACGAGAGGGAGUGGGCAAGGGAGGAGCGGGAUCAGGUGAAAACACUCAUGUCAGGUCUAGAGAAGCAGCAGAAGCAGCAGCAGGAGGAGGGCGAGGCGGAGGAGGGUGCUGCACGAGAGGUGGUGCAGCGCGUGCGGGAGGAGCGGGACGCGCUCAAGGGCGAGCUGGAGCGCGUGCGGGAGGAGUGGGAGGUGAUGCGGGAGGAGCGCGAGGGCAUGCAGGAGGAGCGCGACGUGAGCGUGAAGAACGCGGCGCGGCUCAUGGAUGAACUGGAGGCCGUGCAGCGCCGCGUGCAGCACACGCAGGAGCAGCUCUCUGCUCUCUCCGCCACUGUUGCCCGCCUGCAGGGGGAACUGGCCGUUGCUGAGGAGGAGCGGCGCAAGGCGGAGCGGCAGGCGGAGGAGGAGCGGGACGGGAGGGCGGAGGUGGAGAGGGAGUUGCGGAGGGUUUGUGAGGAGAAGGCGAGAGUGGAGGAGGAGGUGGAGGGCGCGGUGAGGCGGGUGAGGGAUGCGGAGGAGCUGGCGGCGCAGCACAAGGCGACGGCUGAGGUGGCUGCUGCGCUGGCUGAAGAGGCGGCUGCGAGAGCUGCGGAGUUGGAGGAGGUGAUUAAUGCUGGGGAGGGGGUGGCGGGAGAGGGGAGAGUAGUGGGCGCGGGGAGGAUGGGCGAGAUGGACGGGAUGGGAGUGGGGCAGGAGCGGGCGGAGCGGCGGGAGCAGGAGCGGGAGGAGGAGGUGCAGGAGAUGGAGUGGGCGCUGCAGGAGGCGAGGGAGCGGAUAGCGCAGCUGCAGGGGGACCUGGAGCAGGCGAGGGCUGAGAACGAGGCUGUGGAUGCUGAGCUGGCAGCCGUGGAGGACAUGGUGCUCCAGCUCACCGACAGCCUGGCGGAUAAGGAGCGGUUCCGCGCUGAGCUGGAGGCGGCGAAUGCGCGCGUGGCGCAGGUGGAGGGUGACGUGGCGAGCUGGAGGGAGAGAGCGAUGGGGCUGGAGAGGGAACUGGAGGAGGAGAGGAGGAGAGCGGGAGAGAGAGAGGAGGGAGGAGGAGGAGGCGAGUCGGGCACUCAGGGUGGGAGAUCCCAGCGGGAGCCUGGCAGAAGCCCAGCGGCGGAUCGAGGAGCUGGUGGCGGUGGAGCAGAGGCGGGCGAGCUGAGCCAGCAGCUGGCAGAGGCGCGGGAGAGAAUAGCUGAGCUAGACGAGGCGGUGGCUGCGGUGGAGAGGGAGAAGCAGCAGGUGGAGGAGGAUAUGAGCCAGACGCGCACUGCGUUCACUGAGGUGGCUGCUAAGGUGAUGCACACCAUGCAGCAUAAUGAGGAGCUUAAGCUGGAGCUCGCUGCGAUUAAGGCGCAGGGGGGGGCGCUGGCGUUGGUUUCGAGGCAGGGCGGCGGGUCGCUGGGGGAGCGGCAGAGCAGCAGUGGCAGCCGCGGCAGCGGCACCAGUGGCAGCAGAGCUGGUGCGAAGACUGCUGGUGGCGGUACUGCUGGUGGUGCUGGCAGUGGGGGCGGAGAGAGGAGCUCUAACGAGAUAGAAGCGCUGGAGAAGCAAGUAGACGAGCUGAGAGCAGCAGCGAGAGAGAUGGAGGCGGCAGCAGCCGGCGCGAGCAGCUGGGCGCGCGAGCUAGAGGCACGACUGGUAGAGGAGAGCUCAGCGCGGGAGGCAGCAGAGGCGGAGGCAGCGCGAGCCAAGGCGGAAGUGGGGCUGGUGAAGAUGCGGCUAGCAGCAGCGGUGGAGCGGGCGAGCGUGCUGGAGGGGUGCUUGUUGGAGACAGAGCACAGGGUGUCGGAUGUGAGAAGGAAUAUUAUCUCGGCGCAUCACCGCAAGAUGGCUGCGGAUAUGGAGCAGGCUCUCUCUUCCGCUGCUGCUAGUGUUGGGGAGCUGGCGGCGGAGAGGGCGGAGAGGCAGGCCGCUGUCUCCAUGCUGCAGCACCAGAUGCACCACGGCAGGCUGGUAGCAGCGCAGCAGCACAUGGAGGGCGGCAACGUGUCGUCGCCGUCCAUCUCGUCCUUCACCGAUGCCACGGCCGACUCGCCCUUUGACCCCACACACCGCCUCAUGCAGACGGCAGGAGCAUCAACCUUUUACACAACAUCGCCCCUCCUGCACCACCACAACCCCAACAACCCCAACUCGCCCUUCUUCCUCCACCCCUACACCCACUCCUCCAUCCUCCCCUCCUCCGCCCUUGCCCACGACCCUCACAUGAGGCCCUUCUUUCUCCCAGCGUCCCCUGCUGCUGCCGACGCCGCCUCUCUCCUGCACCCCACAGGAGGGUCCACUUCCCUCUCUGCUUCAGCUGCUGCCGCUGCUGCUGCUGCUGCUGCUGCUGCAUCAGCAGGGAAUGGCGCUGACAUGGCACUGGCAGUGCCAGGUGGCAUGGGGUCGUCAUCUCUGCUUGCCUCGCUGGCAGCUCAGAGGGAGGCCCGGGGUGGGGGUGCAUCUGGAUCGUCCAUCUUGAUUCACCACACGGGGCUGUCUCAGCAGCAGCCGCAGCAGCUACAGUCACAGCAGCAGCAGGGGAGGCAGAGAGCAGCAUCACCCACAUCUCGAAUUCUCUUCCCUGAUGCCUCCUCUCCUGCGUCUGCCUCCCCUGCAGCUCCUCAAACCACCGCCACAGGCCGUGCUGCCGUGCGUGGUGCAGCCAGCCCUGGUACCACUGCCACUGGCACUGGCACCGCUCUGCACCGCACCUCAGGCGCCACUGGCUCGGGUAACAGCGGUGCACGGGGAGGUGCAGACUCCAAGGGACUUAGAGGCGCCACUGCCUCCUCUGCUGCUGCUGCUGCUGGCACGAGCAGCAGCAGGCGAAGCACAACACCAGGGAGAAGCACAGCCGGUGCGGGUGCGGGUGGUGGUGCAGGUGGUGCAGGGAAUAGUGUGGGGCCUGGGCACGCUCGUAGGACUGCCUCCCAGCCCAUGGCAUCCACAUCACAUCUCCAAUCGCAGCAGCAGCAGAGAGCACGGCGCAAGACGACACCGGAAGUAGCAACAGGAGGAGGCACAGGCAGCAGCAGUGGCGCUGCUGCCGAUCGCAGCCGCUUGUCACCGUCACCGUCGCCACGAGCUUCGGCAUCAGCCUCGGCAUCAGCAUCAGCCUCGGCACCAGCUUCGGCAUCCGCAGCAGCAGCGCAAGGGCCUGGUGUGCGGCGAGACUUCUUCACAUCAAUGGAUUCGUUAGUGGAGCGCAUGGAGCGAGAUGAGGCCUCUGAUACAGACAGCUCCUUCACCCGCACUCUCUCUGUCGCCUCCUCCUCCCUCCACACCGACCCCCACACUGCUGCUGCUGCCGCUGCCAGUGCUGCGUCUGCGAGGGCGAAUGGAGGCAGCAGCAGUGGAGGGCCGAUAAGCCCUGGUGCGACUAGGUUGGGUGGGGUGAUGGAAGGUGUUGGAGGGUCCGGAUCGCUGGUGCCAGCUGCUGGCUGGGCCGGUCCGCCUGGCAGCAGGGCAAGGCCGAUUGGAUCUGGUGCUAAUCUGGCACUUGCGCAAGUGCUGUAA